AUGGCACAGCAAAUUGCAUCUGAUCUGCGCAGCCUCGUAUCUCCGCCGUCUAUCGAUGGCAUUCAUCCUAUCCCUAUUUUCCCAUGGGGAUAUGUCGGGGGAGUACCAUCUGGUCACCCUAGGGGUAGAUGGGAUAGCGCGAAAGAGCUUCAAGCUGCUAUCCUCCAGCGACUGGGUUGCUGGCGACCUAAGGACUGGGAAAGAAACAUAAGGUUUCUCUACCCUUCGAACCUUUUCUCUAUCGAACACAUUCUUGAUAACCGACUAUCUACAUUCAAGCCGAUGUUCGAGUAUAACUUCGCCGCUGUUGCUCCUCCGGGUGUCAGUAGCAUUGCUCGAGAGCAUGCCUCGUUGUCAUGCCCCGACGACGACAAGGUGUCCGCCCAGAAGAAACACAAGCUCAUUGGCCUCCCCUCACCGACACGCACUCAGAAACAGUCCGCCGAACUUUCGCAGAGCUUUCAGGCGGAGAAACCUUGUCCACCAACGUCGGAGAAUGAAGAGAGCUUCAAUCCUUCCCAGGAAGGCCAGCAGAUCUCAGCCUGUGCCCUAGAAUCGAAUAUUUCUCAACUAAAAGGAGGGUUUGAUGAUCACGAAAGCCAGGUUACUGUCCCUGCCGCGCGACCAAGCAGAAGUCCCAGCCUUUCAGCAUCCACCGAACGACGGAGUACACUUUCCGUGUCACUCGAACGAUUCGUCAACAUGAGCGCCCGUUUGCAUUGUGUAGAGGAUGAGAACUUUGACAUUGAUACAAUCGCAUGGCUCGUCAUGGGGCUUGGAGCCGACGAGUCUCGGAAACGGUUGUUUUACUUUUACGACCAUGGUACAGCUGAUAUAUGGUAUUGCUUGGGAGAUGUGUUGUCGCAGCCACCCAAGAUGAAACUGAUUGUCGACGUCUCCGUUUCGGAUCGGUUCAUCGAGAUGAGUGAUGAGCUGGACCUAAAGGACGAUUUGUGGAAUGGAGAGGGUAUUGAUGGCCUUCGAAAAUGA